ACUGAGGUAGGUCAGGCUGAGCGGAGAGUCAGGGUUUAUUUAACUCGUCGCUUCGUCCUCCCCCACUUUCCCAACGCGCCACCAAGAGGGUUGACUUCCUUUUGCGGCGGGACCACGGCGUGGAAUUCACAAAACUAACUUGAGAGUAUUUCUCAGACCCAAGAUAACGUUUAUGUUACUAAUAGUGCGGGAAAAUGCCAAACUCGUAAACGUUUUGACCAUUUCUUAAACGUUGUAUUCUACAAGCUAUUUUGCAGCUGCACCGAGCGUAAAUAAACACGUGUUUAUUUGUGAGUGAUUUGGAGAGGUAUAUCUUGACUUUGACAGCGUUAUUGGAAAUAAUACAAUACAAAUAAUGGAGCGAAUUCCAAGCGCGCAACCUCCUCCUCUGUCCAAACACCAGGCGGAUCUGUCAGACGUUCAGGGGAUGGAUUUCCCAAUGUAUGUUUAUAAGCCUAGACGGGGAAUGAAGAGAGGAGAAGAAAGCAAGGACACCUACAAGCUGCCUCACAGACUUAUUGAGAAGAAAAGACGCGAUCGGAUAAACGAAUGCAUUGCUCAGCUGAAAGAUUUAUUACCCGAACACCUGAAACUCACCACUCUGGGCCAUCUGGAGAAGGCUGUGGUUUUAGAGCUUACGCUCAAGCAUGUGAAAGCCCUCACCUCUCUUCUGGAGCAACAGCAGCAGAAGAUCCUCGCUCUGCAGAGUGGAAUGCAAAUUGAGCAACCUACCAUCAGUCAGGAGAAAUCAGAGGAGAUGUUUCGCUCUGGCUUCCACAUGUGUGCCAAGGAGAUUCUUCAGUACGUAGCCAGUCAUGAUUCUGAUGGAGACUUCACGCCUUCACAUGUCAUCAGCCACCUUCACAAAUUAGCUGCUGAGGUGCUGCAGGGUCCUGUCCGACCUCGCACCCCUCUUAGCCCUCAACCCGAGGAGAUCCCUGCCUACCGCCAGCAUCAACCUCACAAGGAAAUGCCCACCAGCGUACCCCCUAAACCCAACGAGGGUUAUGGGAGGAACUGUGUGCCUGUCAUCCAGCGGGCAUACGCUCCACCGAGCAGUGAGCAGAGUGGCAGCGAUACAGACACAGACAGUGGCUACGGCGGAGAGCUAGAGAAAACCGAAUCCGGGGCACCCCAAGGUCGUCCAGAUUAUUACGGCCAGGAGAGCCAGCAGAAGCGACCACUGGGUGAUAGGCAGAGCUCCAGCAUCAAGCAGGAGGAUGAUGAACCACGUCACAAACGACCUCGCGUGGAGUCCUCUGAGGAUGAGCUCCUCUCAAGUGGAGAAUCAUCAGCUUCAUCGUCCUCUAGCGGUUAUGGUAGUUAUAUGAGUGUAUCCCCCAACCAUCCACCUCCUCCACCACACCCCCUUUGCAUGCCGUUCUACCUCAUUCCACCUUCUGCUGCAGCUUACUUGCCAAUGCUGGAGAAAUGCUGGUACCCAGGGGCUGUGCCCAUGCUCUACCCUGGCAUGGGAGGCUCUUCACCCACCAUGCCCAGCGAGAUACCACCCCCAUCUCAGCUAGUGUUGUCACCCAGGGGCGGCUCUCCAGCCCCAGCCAUUUCCCAGACACCCAUGGACUCCCCUGCCCUUCUUCAGGCACUAAAGCAGGUACCACCACUCAACCUGGAAACCAAAGAAUGAGAGAUAAAAGAACAAGAAAAAUUAUGCUCCUGUUCUAAUAGGCAGAGACAGAGUCGGUCUUAGGAUGGAGAACAUGACUGAGCUGUUCCAUAAUCCACAAUCAUUCAUCUGCUCUUUUCCUCAGCCCGGAGGUCAGACAGGAAACAAGAGAACUUGCAGAAAUGAUAAAGGAGACUUGUGAGAGCAUCAUCCAUCCACACAGCAAAGAAUGCAAGAUUCUGAUUGAAUGUUCGAAGCUCAGUGGUAGAUGUAUCAUAUAAACUGGACCUGCCCUGCACACAUGCAUACACAUACACGUUGGUUGAAUGUAAAGAAAAAAUGUUUUAGAUGCUGCUGUUGAAUUGUAAACUCGGAUGACACUGAUGAGUCUCACUUGUAGCUGUUGUGAUAAUGACAUGUCAUCUUGUACUCUAGAGACCUUUGCAUCAAAUUAGCAGUAAAAAGUCACCCAAAGUUUGUCACCUAUGUCCUUUGCUCACCAUUUAGAUUACUGAAAAUCCCAUUUCAACCUGACAUUAAGAUGACUGGCACCAUGAAAUACAAGGAUAUCAUCAAAGGGUUUGGGUACAGCCAUCAUGGAUGAAGGGGAAAAGCUGCCACAUGGCCGAAACAAAUUAUACAUCUUUUUUUAUUUAUCAUUGAUAAACAGAAAGCUCAGAUGGAUUUCUGUAAUUAUUGUCCAAAAACUUCUUGUACAUUUCUAUUUUUGAUACCUGUUCUUUGCGGUCUGUCCACUCAGAGAGUUGGAGGGGGUGCAGGAUGUGGACCAUGUUGUGUACUCAGAAACUGUGUACAUUCUGUAGCACUGUGCUGGACCUGGUCUGCAUACUCAACAUCUGUUUUUGCUCAAGUCAAACCCGGUGUUUGUUCUUGCUGUUGCCUUUUACUUGUGAAAAGCUGAUAAAUCUCAAAUGUUUAUUCUCUGUGCUAUGUAUGAAUACUGGAGUCAAAGAAGUCAGGAGGGGAGACGUGAAUGUAAGUUUUACCAGAAGACUAGUUUUCUAUAGAAAGAGGUACUUAAGAUUUUAUAUUUUGGGACCUAAAGAGAGAUGUUUGAUGUACAUAUUUUGUCUAUAAAUGUUGAUAUACAUCAUAUAAGUGUAUUAAUAAAGUAUUUUUCCCGUGGAAA